AUGAUGUCAUUCUUUGUUCCCACAGACCUCCAACAGCUAAGUGUCUCAAAUGAGGAGGAAGCUCCUGCCAUUCAACAAGUCUGGAGCCUGGCAAGUAGGUCCAGUCAGGACCAGAAAAAACAUCAGUGGACUGAAACGGAUCAGAUGGAACCAGAACCUACACUGUUUAAACAUGAGGAAAUGGAAUAUCCACUAACAUAUGUAAUAAAAGAGGAACUAAAUUCUUCAGUGCUUCAACAUGAACAGCAGCCACCAGAACAUUUACCAACUGGGCAGGAUCAGAAGGACCUCUGCAGCAGUCAGGAGGGAGAGCAGCUUGUCCAGAAGCAUUUUGUUGCUUUGAUUGAGACUUCUACUCUUCAGGAAGAUGAUAUGAGUGAAGAAGAGACAAGAACAGAGCAGCUUUCCCUUCAUAUCUCUGCAGUGGUUGAGAGCAAAGAUCAGGAAGGAAGCAGCUCCUCAGUGUCAGAGAGUCAGUCUGAUACUGGCACAAAGAAAAUAUCUUUCAAAUGUGACAUUUGUGGGAGAUGUUACACACAACACCGUAACUUGAAAACCCAUUACAGAACCCACACUGGUGAGGGACUUUUUUCAUGUGAAACAUGCGGAAAAAGUUUCUCUAUAAUGAGAAAUUUAAAUCGUCACAAGAGAACCCAUACAGGUGAGAGGCCUUUUUCAUGUCAAAUAUGUGGAAAUAGUUUCUCUCAAAGUAGUCAUUUAAAGGUCCACAAGAGAAUUCAUACAGGUGAGAAACCUUUUUCGUGCCAGAUAUGUGGAAAGAGUUUCUGUCAAAUUAGUAUUUUAAAUCGUCACAAGACAAUUCAUACAGGUGAGAGACCUUUUUCAUGCCGGAUAUGUGGAAAGAGUUUCUCUCGAAUUGGUGAUUUAAAGGAACACAUAAUUGGAAUACAUACACGUGAGAGGCCUUUCUCAUGCCAGUUAUGCGGAAAGCUUUUCUCUCGAAUUAGGUAUUUAAAUCGUCACAAGACAAUUCAUACAGGUGAGAAGCCUUUUUCAUGCCAGUCUUGUGAGAAAAGCUUCAAUCGAAGGGAUAAUUGGAUCAUUCACAUGAAAACCCAUAAAGGUCAGGGGCCACUUUGAAGCCAAACCUGUGAAACCAUCCAUCCAUCCAUCCAUCCAUUUUCUUCCGCUCAUCCGUGGUCGGGUCACGGGGGCAGGAGCUUAAGAAGGGAGGCCCAGACUUCCCUCUCCCUAGCCACUUGUUCCAGUUUCUCUGGGGGAACUCCAAGGCAUACCCAGGCCAGCCAAGAAUCAUAGUCCCUCCAGCGUGUCCUGGGUCUUCCCCGAGGCCUCCUCCCGAUGGGACAUGCCCAGAACAUCUCACCAGGGAGGUGUCCAGGAGGCAUCCUAACCAGAAGCCAACUGGCUCUUCUCGACAUGAAGGAGCAGCGGCUCUACUCUGAGUCCCUCUCUCUAAGGGAGAGCCCAGCCACCCGACGGAGAAAACCUGUUUUGGUCACUUGUACGCGGACCUCGUUCUUUCGGUCAUGACCCAAAGCUCAAAGUAGGAACGUAGAUCGACCGGUAAAUCGAGAGCUUUGCUUUUUGGCUCAGCUCUCUUUACCACGACGGACCGGUACAGCGCCUGUUUCACUGCAGACGUUGCACCAGUCCGCCUGUCGAUCUCCUGAAAUAUGGAGAAAAUGGCAUUCUUUCAUGCUGGUAAACUGAAUUUCCACAGGAAACGAUUACAUAAAUGUGAGAAUUGGUCAUUAACUUACAGAUUCACUGUAAUAAAUAUUAAACUCUGUCUUGAAUAAUUUUACUUUGCAAAACAUUAGACCCUCACCUAUUUUUGGUUGUUCAUUUAUGGAUUUUUUUUCGGCAAAUUUUGUGAAAUUUGAUAAAGAAUAUUUAGAAUAUUCAAAACCAGUUCAACUGGUUUGGAAGCGGAUAUAUUGAAGCUACUUGACAUACUACUGGCUGACUUGUCCAAAGUAGCCAAUCAGGACGCUUUCAGCAUCCUCAGAUUUCCAUGAUGGGCAUCUCCAAGACAAAUGUUUGUCAUGAGUAACAUACCAACUUUUCAUGCUUUGUUGAAGAAUUUCAUGUAUAAAUUUAUGUGCCACUUGGAUGUAUCAAACACCUUAAUGAAAGCUUUGACAAAUACAACAUAUAGUGAUAUUAUAUAAAGAUAUUUUAACUAUUGGAAUAAUCGUUUAUCUGCUUUGUGAUGUUUUUUUGUUUCUUAUACUUAAUGAUCUGUGUAUUUUAUUUUUUAAAAUAUCACAGAAUACAAAAUAUGGGGUUGAUAGUAAUAUUUGUGUGGAUUCCAGCACAUAUUGGAGUAGAAGGAAAUGACAGGGCAGAUAAAAUGGUAAUUUAAAAUCCUACUAGUUUUACAGAGGAGAGAGUUUGAAAGUAUUAAGGAAAAGAUUAAUUUAUUAGAAAUUUUGAGGAAGAAUUUGGGUGGUAUACAUAUACAAAUAGUAAUUUAAUUUUUAAAGACAAGUAACUUAUUUCAUAAAAUUUGAUUAUAAAAUUUGAUUAGUAAGUGUUUGUACACAUCAUAAAUGUGUAUGAUAAACAGAUGGAUAGUGCACAAAAUUAAAUGCAAGUUUAAUUUAGUGUGCGCGCGUGUAUGUGUGGUUCACAAACCACACUCCAUACCAGUAGGUGGCGGUAAUGGCACUAAAGGUUUUUGCCAACCGCCAGUAAAACCAAGAAGAAGUAUUUCCCUCUUCUCCCUCCUCUUCGUCGCCUGCAUAGACAUAAUAUAAGAAUAGACGCCUCAUGGACCGCUCUCGCCUACAUUC